AUGAGCGAGUUACCCGAUUUUCGCGUUAAUAAAACAUCGCGCCCCUUUAUACACACGGGCGUCGACUACGCGGGGCCGUUGCUAGUUCGAACUUCCAAGGGUCGUGGGUACAAAUCUCAUAAAGCUUAUAUUGCAGUGUUCAUUUGUAUGACCACAAAAGCCCUGCAUAUCGAACUCGUGUCCGAUUACUCUGCGGCUACCUUUUUAGCAGCGUAUCAACGUUUUAUAGCGCGCCGAGGAGCUCCAAGCUCCGUUUAUUCAGAUAACGGCACAACGUUCCGCGGUGCCGAUCGGGAACUAACCGCCUCCUUCCAAGCUACCACGCGGGAUCCAAAUUUUCAAAAUUAUAUAGCUUGUGAAGGUGCAAAGUGGCAUUUUCUUCCACCGUCAGCACCACAUUUCGGUGGUCUUUGGGAAGCGGCGGUUAAAAGCAUUAAAUAUCACAUUAAGCGUUCAAUCGGAUCGCAUACAUUGACGUUCGAAGAACUGACGACAUUGUUAUGCCGCAUCGAACUAUUUUUAAAUUCACGACCGCUUGCCGCUGCGUCCGAUUCUAUCGAUGAUUAUGCUCCUAUCACCCCCGGUCAUUUCUUGAUCGGUACGAGCCUGACCGCAAGUCCUGAGGCAAGCGUACUUGAUCUCUCAGAGCAACGUUUGUCUCGCUGGCAAUUAAUACAAAAAUUAAACGAAGAAAUCUGGCGAGCAUGGAGAAAUAAUUAUCUUCAUACUCUACAACAACGGCCGAAAUGGCGUAGCGUACAGCAGUUAGCGAAGCAAGGACGAUUAGUCCUGUUACGUGAUCCUCUCGCGCCUCCGAGCAAGUGGAAACUUGGCCGCAUUACACAGUGUCACCCGGGCCCUGAUCAUCUCAUCCGAGUUGUUACGAUAAAGACGGCAACUGCUGAAUAUAAGCGACCGAUCACAAAAAUCUGUUUCUUGCCUGUCGACAUCAAUUCUUACAAUGAGCGCGACAACGCCACGGCGGGCGGUUUAGCACGAUAA